ACUACACCAGAAGCAACUAAACCAACUACCGACUCUGCCCCAACAACUGACAGUUCAGAAACAACUACAGCCACCUCUCCUACAACUACACCAGAUACAACUAUUCCAACUACUGACUCUUCCACAACAGCUGAGAGUUCAGAAACAACUACAACCAAAUCUCCUACAACUACACCAGAUGCAAGUAAACCAAUAACUGACUCUGCCACUACAGCUGAGAGUUCAGAAACAACUACAGCCGACUCUCUUACAACUACACCAGAUGCAACUAUACCAACUAGUGACACUACUACAACAGCUGAGAGUUCAGAAACAACCACAGCCAGCUCUUCUACAACUACACCAGAUGCAACUAUACCAACUAGUGACACUAUUACAACAGCUGAGAGUUCAGAAACAACCACAGCCAGCUCUUCUACAACUACACCAGAUGCAACUAUACCAACUACUGACUCUGCCCCAACAACUGAGAGUUCAGAAACAACUACAGCCACCUCUCCUACAACUACACCAGAUGCAACUAUAUUGACUACUGACUAUGUCACUACAGCUGAGAGUUCAGAAACAACUACAGCCAAAUCUCCUACAACUACACCAGAUGCAACUAAACCAACUACUGACUCUGCCACAACAGCUGAGAGCUCAGAAACAACAACAACCAAAUCUCCUACAACUACACCAGAUGCAACUAAACCAAUAACUGACUCUGCCACUACAGCUGAGACUUCAGAAACAACUACAGCCGACUCUCCUACAACUACACCAUAUGCAACUAUACCAACUAGUGACACUAUUACAACAGCUGAGAGCUCAGAAACAACAACAACCAAAUCUCCUACAACUACACCAGAUGCAACUAAACCAAUAACUGACUCUGCCACUACAGCUGAGACUUCAGAAACAACUACAGCCGACUCUCCUACAACUACACCAUAUGCAACUAUACCAACUAGUGACACUAUUACAACAGCUGAGAGUUCAGAAACAACCACAGCCAGCUAUUCUACAACUACACCAGAUGCAACUAAACCAACUACCGACUCUGCCCCAACAACUGACAGUUCAGAAACAACUACAGCCACCUCUCCUACAACUACACCAGAUACAACUAUUCCAACUACUGACUCUUCCACUACAGCUGAGAGUUCAGAAACAACUACAGCCGACUCUCUUACAACUACACCAGAUGCAACUAUACCAACUAGUGACACUAUUACAACAGCUGAGAGUUCAGAAACAACCACAGCCAGCUCUUCUACAACUACACCAGAUGCAACUAUACCAACUAGUGAUACUAUUACAACAGCUGAGAGUUCAGAAACAACCACAGCCAGCUCUUCUACAACUACACCAGAUGCAACUAUACCAACUACUGACUCUGCCCUAACAACUGAGAGUUCAGAAACAACUACAGCCACCUCUCCUACAACUACACCAGAUGCCACUACAGCUGAGAGUUCAGAAACAACUACAGCCAAUACUCCUACAACUACACUAGAUGCAACUAUACCAACUACUGACUCUGCCACAACAGCUGAGAGUUCAGAAACAACCACAGCCAGCUCUUCUACAACUACACCAGAUGCAACUAUUACAACUACUGACUCUGCCACUACAGCUGAGAGCUCAGAAACAACAACAACCAAAUCUCCUACAACUACACCAGAUGCAACCAAACCAAUAACUGACUCUGCCACUACAGCUGAGAGUUCAGAAACAACUACAGCCGACUCUCUUACAACUACACCAGAUGCAACUAUACCAACUAGUGACACUACUACAACAGCUGAGAGUUCAGAAACAACCACAGCCAGCUCUUCUACAACUACACCAGAUGCAACUAUACCAACUAGUGACACUAUUACAACAGCUGAGAGUUCAGAAACAACCACAGCCAGCUCUUCUACAACUACACCAGAUGCAACUAUACCAACUAGUGACACUAUUACAACAGCUGAGAGUUCAGAAACAACUACAGCCACCUCUCCUACAACUACACCAGAUGCAACUAUAUCGACUACUGACUAUGUCACUACAGCUGAGAGUUCAGAAACAACUACAGCCAACACUCCUACAACUACACUAGAUGCAACUAUACCAACUACUGACUCUGCCACAACAGCUGAGAGUUCAGAAACAACUACAGCCAGCUCUUCUACAAAUACACCAGAUGCAACUAUACCAACUAGUGACACUGUUACAACAGCUGAGAGUUCAGAAACAACCACAGCCAGCUCUUCUAAAACUACACCAGAUGCAACUAUACCAACUACUGACUCUGCCCGAACAACUGAGAGUUCAGAAACAACUACAGCCACCUCUGCUACAACUACACCAGAUGCAACUAUAUUGACUACUGACUAUGUCACUACAGCUGAGAGUUCAGAAACAACUACAGCCACCUCUCCUACAACUACACCAGAUGCAACUAUUCCAACUACUGACUCUGCCACAACAGCUGAGAGCUCAGAAACAACAACAACCAAAUCUCCUACAACUACACCAGAUGCAACUAAACCAAUAACUGACUCUGCCACUACAGCUGAGAGUUCAGAAACAACUACAGCCGACUCUCCUACAACUACACCAGAUGCAACUAUACCAACUAGUGACACUAUUACAACAGCUGAGAGUUCAGAAACAACCACAGCCAGCUAUUCUACAACUACACCAGAUGCAACUAAACCAACUACCGACUCUGCCCCAACAACUGACAGUUCAGAAACAACUACAGCCACCUCUCCUACAACUACACCAGAUACAACUAUUCCAACUACUGACUCUUCCACAACAGCUGAGAGUUCAGAAACAACUACAACCAAAUCUCCUACAACUACACCAGAUGCAACUAAACCAAUAACUGACUCUGCCACUACAGCUGAGAGUUCAGAAACAACUACAACCAAAUCUCCUACAACUACACCAGAUGCAACUAAACCAAUAACUGACUCUGCCACUACAGCUGAGAGUUCAGAAACAACUACAGCCGACUCUCUUACAACUACACCAGAUGCAACUAUACCAACUAGUGACACUAUUACAACAGCUGAGAGUUCAGAAACAACCACAGCCAGCUCUUCUACAACUACACCAGAUGCAACUAUACCAACUAGUGACACUAUUACAACAGCUGAGAGUUCAGAAACAACUACAGCCACCUCUCCUACAACUACACCAGAUGCAACUAUAUCGACUACUGACUAUGUCACUACAGCUGAGAGUUCAGAAACAACUACAGCCAACACUCCUACAACUACACUAGAUGCAACUAUACCAACUACUGACUCUGCCACAACAGCUGAGAGUUCAGAAACAACCACAGCCAGCUCUUCUACAACUACACCAGAUGCAACUAUACCAACUAGUGACACUGUUACAACAGCUGAGAGUUCAGAAACAACCACAGCCAGCUCUUCUACAACUACACCAGAUGCAACUAUACCAACUACUGACUCUGCCCCAACAACUGAGAGUUCAGAAACAACUACAGCCACCUCUCCUACAACUACACCAGAUGCAACUAUUCCAACUACUGACUCUGCCACAACAGCUGAGAGCUCAGAAACAACAACAACCAAAUCUCCUACAACUACACCAGAUGCAACU